CACUCCUCCUUUAUUGACAUGCAUACUGUGCGGGCUGCGGUCUUGUAAAAGGAAGAGACUAAAAACUAAUCCAGAGCUCUCAGGUGAAGCAGAGCGUCAGUCCAGUCCACAUCCACAUCCACCUCUACUGCUGCUGCUGCUGCUGCUGCUGCUGCUGCUUCCAGACAGUCAAAACAAGAGCUGGGAAAAAAGCUCACGACUCAUCCACCGACCAGAUAACCAGCAGUCAGACUCCUGAACACGUUUUGACACAGAAAAACAUCUCCUGACCCGAGUAUUUACCUCGGCUUGAAAUCUAAAGGGACGUGAAGGUAGCGGAGCUGGGGAGGAACUCUUAAUGAAUUAGGUGAAGUGUCAGGAGGAUUUGUUUUUCUUUUUGGUCUCCGGGUUUCCUCUUGUUGGUAUGUGGGAAUGAUGCGGGCUUCACUGGACUAAGAAUCAACCAGCACAUUAGUCAACAUUUCUGUUUUUUUUUUUUUUUUGCUUUAAUGCAUAUGGACACCUCCGAGAAGCCAGGAAAACACCUCAGCUGAAAUGUUGUUGUGAUGCGCUCCUGCGUUUUGGCAUCUGGUCACACAUGCUUUUGAGUCUUUUCUGAAAUGCAUAAGCCACAGUUACUGCUCGCCUGACUUUUUUCGGAGGAGCGGCUGCUGCUCUAAAUGUUUUCUCAUUUGUUUGCAUGAGGGAUGGCUGCCGAACCGCACCAAGUUCAGAGGUGGUUAUCUACAUGUUUGCACCUGGUCGGAUGGAUAAUGACAGUUUAUGCCACAGGUGAAUGAAUGCACUGUCCGCUUCACUAAACACCAAGUGUUUCAGCAUCUGUUGACUGACUCUGGCAUUCAGGUCGUGCUUAUUCCACGGCGAAAAUGGAUCUGAAAGUAGAAACCGAAGAAAUGGACUCAAACCAACCUCCACCCUUGGAAGUUUUUGCGCACAGCUCGACCCUGCAUGGAAUGUCUCACAUCUUCACGUACGAGCGGUUCUGCAUCAAACGUUGCCUGUGGGUCGUGUUUUUUCUGGGCUCUCUGACCUUCUUGUUGUACGUGUGCGUGGACAGGAUCCACUUCUACCUUGAGUACCCGCACGUCACCAAAUUGGAUGAAGUCUCGACCCCGAUCAUGACAUUCCCCGCGGUCACUUUUUGUAACCUGAAUGCAUUUCGCUUCAGUCGAGUGACUCGCAAUGACCUGUACCACGCAGGGGAGCUGCUGGCCCUGCUCAACCAGAGAUAUGAGAUUAGAGACGUGCAUCUUGUGGAGGAGAGUGUUCUGGAAAGCCUGAAGGUCAAAGCUGACUUCCACAAUUUCAAGCCACGACCAUUUAACAUGCGUGAAUUCUACGACCGCACCGGCCACGACAUCAACGACAUGCUGCUGUCCUGUCAUUUCCACGGCACUGAGUGCAGACCGGAGGACUUCAAAGUGGUCUUCACUCGGUACGGGAAGUGCUACACCUUUAAUGCUGGAGGUGAUGGACGCACACCCCUCUUCACCACCAAGGGAGGCAUGGGUAAUGGACUUGAGCUCAUGCUGGACAUUCAGCAGGAUGAAUACCUGCCUGUCUGGGGAGAAACAGAUGAGACAUCAUUUGAAGCUGGGGUCAAAGUUCAGAUACACAGCCAGGAUGAGCCGUCCUUCAUCGACCAACUGGGAUUCGGAGUAGCACCCGGCUUUCAGACAUUUGUUUCGUGCCAGGAACAGAGGCUCAUAUAUCUCCCUCCUCCCUGGGGAGACUGUAAAGUGACGCCCAUGGAUUCAGACUUCUUUGACAGUUACAGUAUCACCGCCUGUCGGAUCGACUGUGAAACACGUUACCUGGUGGACAACUGUAACUGUCGCAUGGUGCACAUGCCCGGCGACGCACCUUACUGUACCCCGGAGUUGUACAAAGAAUGUGCUGAUCCUGCUCUCGAUUUCCUGGUGGAGAGAGACAAUGAUUUCUGUGUCUGCGAGACGCCGUGUAACUUGACCAGAUACAGCAAAGAGCUGUCAUUUGUCAAGAUUCCCAGUAAAGCCUCUGCUAAGUACCUUGCAAAGAAAUACAACAAAUCUGAGCAAUAUAUUAAGGAAAAUAUCCUUGUUUUAGACAUUUUCUUUGAAGCUCUAAACUAUGAAACGAUAGAACAGAAAAAGGCUUAUGAAGUGGCUGGACUCUUAGGUGAUAUUGGAGGUCAGAUGGGACUUUUUAUUGGAGCAAGCAUUCUCACUAUCUUGGAGAUAUUUGACUACCUUUAUGAGGUGAUAAAGUACAAACUGUGUCGCUGCUCAGAUAAGAAACACAAGCACAACAACAGCACCGAUCAGGGAACCGUCCUGAGCCUCGAUGAUGUCAAGUGUCACGUGACUAACUUUCAUUAGGCUACUGCAGCCACGAGCCGGAAACAGCUGCACUCUGUGAUCUCUGAGCGGUUUCUUGGACUUGGUUCAUUGAAGUAAGCCAGACUGCUGAAGCAACGUGCGCUGUGUCUGAACUGUGACCGACUGAUGUUUGUGAGCGGCAGGACGAAUACGACGAAUGAGAUAAAAGCAGCACAGACAGGAGGACAGAAAACAACAGUGAUCGAAGUGUUGCAAUGGAUCCCAAACUGUUAGAAUAACUGCAUGGUCAUCUGUAAACAGCUUUUCAAGACAUACGGUAUUAACAGAUACAGUAAGCAGAGGCAUGAACUGAAGAGAGGUCCGGUUUUGUUUGAGUAAAUAAAAAUCACAGCUCUCGUGGUGUUUUUCUGGUAGUAUCUUUGGUCAGUUUAGAGGAUUAUUAGUGACAUACGUGAUGUGACAGCUUUGUUUUUAUACAUAAGCCUCUUUUUUUACUAAUACACAUGAUUUGAUUUGUUGGUUAUUUGCAUGCAAUUACUGUACAUUCUUUCAUUUUAGUUGCAGACUAUUCACUCUUGGUUUACGUUUUCCACUAAGUUUCCACUUUUAAAUUCCUGUCAUCCAACACCAUAUGACCACAGUGUCCCCUGUGUAACCCUCCUACAUCUAAAUAUUUCGCCAACAGACUGUACUACCUCAUCUUACAGGGCAGCAGCAUCCUGAAGAAUUUAUGAGCCAAGCGAACCUGAAAAAAUAAAUGGAAUAUGUAUAAGAAAAGGAAAUUUGCAAAGAAUAAAAGCAAAUACAUAGAGAUUUUUGACAUGAAAAAGAGACAAAAGCUCACAUCUAAUUGGGAACAAAAGCUCUUUUCCAUGGCAGCUAAGUGCUACACAUGAUUUGCCUUCAAAUUCGCCUUCAAUGACAAUCACUGUAUAGAUCUCAGUAUAGAAAAUUUAACUAAAUACGUAUCCUCUGGCAAGACCAUUAACAUUACUAAAUGGGAAUGUCAUCAUACAGUUUUACAUGUAGGCUCCGUGUAUGUACUGUUCAUCACGUCCGUGGCGUUUGACCAUCAGGUGGGUUAAGAUAGCAAAACGAGACUGGUAUAAAGACUAAAUACGUUGAAUGUGAUUUUCCAUCUUCUAGGGCUCAAGUUGCAUGUAGCACUGUACAGCAGUCAUCCUAAACGGAAUCCAUCGACAAGCAGUUAAUCCGCAUGUCUGACCGUAGUUUGUGUCCUCAACUCCCAGGGUGUUUGGUUGUGUAUUGUGAGCAUGUAUUUAUUUGUGUGUGUGUGUGUGUGUGUGUGUGUGUGUGUGUGUGUGUGUGUGUGUGUGUGUGUGUGUGUGUGCGUGUGUCUGUAUUGCUGAUCCACUCAUCCCCACUGAGCUCUAUGUUAUUCUCUACAGAUAAUGGGAAUUGUAUAGUGUGUUAACUGUGUAGUGUUACUAUCAAGCACAAUCAUGCCAUUAGCUGUAAUAUACUGUAAAUAUUACAAUGACUAUGAGUAAUACUCUUACUGCAUUAGCAUAGUCUGACCUGUCUAAUAUUGUACUUAUGUAUGUAUUUAUUUACUAUAGGCUGGUUGUGUGUUUCUAGUAUGAUGCCAGUCGGUUCAUAUGAUUGUAGAUGAUUUAUUUAUCAAAAAGGAAUGAUAAGCGUUUCUGAAAUGGCUACGAUCACAGCUGCUUACGCUUUUAGAGAAACUACUCUUCAGUUAAUGAAAAUAAACAGCCGGAUGUUGCUUUUCAGUGUCCACUGCAUGAGGUCAUGCAUCUCAAAACCAUGCUUUCAGGUUUUGUUCUCUCUUUGCCUCCAUUUAUGUUAAGAUAUGAAAGGAUGGUUAUUUCAGUCUAGUGGUAUAUAAAAGUGUCAUGAACUUGAAUCAAUUGUUAUAUUAAAAAUUAAAUGCCAACUUUAUGUAACUUUUAUUCACUUCAA